GACAAGCUAAACAGCUGAACUACAACAUUGAUUUCCUCCAUCUUCGUCUUACUUACAUCCAUUUUUUUUUACCGCUUGUCCCUGGAGCCUUACUUAAAGCAGCUAAUUAUCGUCUGAAAGUGUUUUCGCGCCGCAUUUGGAGUAUGUUUGGUUGAGUGAGAGCGCAGGUAUAGCCAGGUGUGCGCCAUUGGACUGAUUGGUCUUUAGUUGCCUUGCGUCGUUUCGGAGCUCCGAGAAGUGACGUCUUGUUUUUUUUUGUUUAAUAAGAAACGGCGAUUUGUUGAACAAGUUUGAAAGUCGGGUGUUAGACGGCGUCAUUCUGCUGUGUUUUAUUUCGGACGGAUUGAGCAGGACAAAAGGGGAAGAAGAAAUGGACGAUGGGAGCAAGCCGCCACAUUCCUGUGGAAAUGGCCAGCAGAGGACUCAACACCCGAGGCCUUUUUUCUACGUGCAACCGCCAUCUCAGCCGUACUACCUUUACCAGCAUUGGCAGAUGAACAACCCCUACAACCACUUCGGUCUACCUGGAGGUUUUAAUUUCGGCCGCCCCUGCAUGGCUCCCUAUCAGUACAUGCCGUACCCUGGCCUUGUGCUCCCGCACAACGGGCUCUACCCUAUGGAUUACCGGCGCAUGUAUGAGCCCCGCUUCCAGGCGCCCGUCUGGAACGAGGGGCCCCGCCCGCCGUAUUACCAGCAGCCCCAAGGUCGACGAGAGACGGCCUCCUCCCAGGUCCAGACAGACCCCAGCGACGCCAUAAGCAAGCUCAUCGAAUGCCUGGACAAGAUCCGGGCUGGCGAGCUGCACGGAGCCGAGAGAGAGCUGGACUCGGGGGUGGUGUCCCACGCCUCCGGGAUGUUCUCUCCGUCCGAGGCGAAGAAAGGCGAAGAGCGGGGGAACGCCAGCGUUCUGCCGGCGGCGCCCCACGCGACCCGUCUGGAGUCGACGGCUGUUGCGUUCAACGACUCCACCACGGCCGUGUACGAAGGCGAGUCCGGACGCAGGAGUUUGGACAUCCUUAGUCCUCAGGUGUGCUGGUCAGGACGCCUGGACGAGGAUCUGCCUCUGGACAGCUCCUCCAUCCGCGAGGACGGUCCUGAUCCUGAGCAACCGGAAACUCAGAAGCACUUCCUCACCCAUGAGAAGUCCGAGGUCACAAAUAUUCAGUCAGAUAUUCCUGUGGCUGAUCAAAGAGAUCCAAAAUGUGACGCCGACCACCCUAAUCCCAGUGGGGCUCCAUCGACAUCUCCUUCUCGUCAGGUUGUUCUCAAGGAAGCAAGGAAAGGUGAAGACGAGCCUAGCUACCAGAUCCUCAAGCUGCCGCUUGAGAGCGUUUUCUCAGUGGGAGCACGGGUUUCCUCACCCCCGACCCCAUACUACUACCACCACCUCGCCAUGCAGACCACCCACGAGCGCAUGAGCGUCCUCAGCCCGUCUCUGGACGAGCUUUCGUCCCGGGACGAGAUGUUCUCCACAGACCUGGAGGACGUGGAUCUUUUCCCCAGGCGAGCCUACCCGGGCAGGAGGCUGGCGGAGCUGGCGGGGGGAGCGGGAGAGGACGCGUGGCUUCCCGGCUCCAAGAGGUUCAUGUGCGCCUGCUGCGGCAAAAGUCUGGCUAAAGGCGGAAGUCGGGGGAAAGGUCACAAGGCGUACAGGGAUGAGGCCGCCGACUCGGAGGAGGACGGCAGGUACGGAAGAGGGGGCGAGCAGCCGGCCCGCGUGACGCUCAGGAAGCAAUCCGCACCCAGGAAGCCCCACUCGGUCCCACCGAGGCACCCUCCCAAGCCGUGGUACAAGAGGAGCCAGCACAAAGACCCGGCGGAGUCGCUCGAGCCGGAGGAGGGUCACGACUCCUCCAAAGUGGCGGACGGCAAAGCUGGGGAGACUGCUGGAGGCGACUUGCAGUGCAGAACAUGUCAGGAGGAGCCUUGCAGAGACGAGCAGAGCGAGUGGGCCGACGGCGGCGGGAAUCCCCGAAGACGGCACGCGGCCCCCCCGCAGAGACAAGAAGCGAAUGUUCAGAGGAAAGCGAUGCACCAGAGGCCCAGAGACGGCGACGACGACGACCAAGAGCUGUCGUCCUCUCACUGGGACCGAGGUUCCGUUGUACCAAAAUGUUGAUUUGACACAAGAACAUGUUGAGCUGUCCCCUUUUGAUGGUGUAGAAAGUUCCCGGGUGUUGUUGGUAUAUUUGGGGCACCAGGUGUGACGCACUGCACGGACGUUUGUUUGGUUUUGCUAAAUGUACAUAAUAAAGAAAUUAAUAUAAAGUUUA